GAGUAUUGGCUAAGGGUGGUUUACAAAUUUUUCUCACCUUCAAUAUUUAUUUUAGCGACAUAAUGUCACAACUUGGUUUUAUAAAGUAUAAUUAAUUUACGUGAUUAUUGAUAACCAAUAAUACAGAAUUUAUUACUAAAAUACGUAUCUUGAUAUAUAUGUAUAUGUAAAAGUGAUAAAUAGCUGUUAAUAUAUUGGGUAAUACCCAAAUAUAUAACAAAUAGAAAAUUAAAUGAUUUUCUUUAUUUUUAAUCAUCUCUAUCCGAAGUACCGACUUUCCUUCGUUGAAAACAAAAAUAUCACUCAAUUCAACGUAGUUACACAAAAAUAUUUAAAUUUUUAAAGCUCCGUAGCUCACUCAUUGAAAAAAAAGGAAAGCAAAAUUUCAAUAUCUUGUUAAUGGAUGUGGAAUUACGACAUUCUUAUACUCAAUGACAAACCGUUUUUAGGAGCGAAAAGAAAUGUUGCUGCUCCCUGCUAUUUUGAUGUUUAACAUCUUCCGUAUGCCGAGUGUUGUUCAUGCUCGCUUUUGUGAAGGAGGUCAUUACUGUUCGUUGCCGAGAGAAUGCUGCACUCAAGGAUGCUGUCCACCAUACCAAAGUGGGCCACGUCAAUUACCACCACCAUCAGAUCAUGUCUUGAAUUUGUUUUUUAUAAGUCACUGGUUUUUUUGGUGCGUGGUAGUUGCAAUUAUUUUGGCCUUACUUUGUGCAUAUUCAUUGUGGAAGAGGCGUCGAACACUUUGCGGUUGGGGAUUCACCGACCAUCGCGCUCAAUCUGAGGGUGACUCGGCAGGUUCCUGUUAUGCACCGCCACAAUAUAGCCGCUGUAAUUCGUUUCAUCAUCCGCCACCUCCUUAUACCGAAGUAACUUCGAAGCCGGAUCUCUAUCCCCUUGUUUUCACAUGUAACAGUGACAAUACUAAAACUGGGUCCAGUUACCUUAUGGUGCAAUAUUUUCGUAAUUAUAUUGUUCGGCCAAUUGGAUCGUUGUCCGCAGCUAGUACGGUUGAUUCUCUCAGUUCAAGCUUUAUUUGUAAUAUUAACGAAGCAAAUACUUUGGUACCACCGCCAUAUUCUCGUGCGGCGAGUCCCGAAACUGGUUUUAGUUCACAUUUCCAACACGACUUCUUAAUACCGCGAUCGGCCUCACAAUUAGUUUAUGGAAGUGGAAAUAAUGGAUGCAAUAAUAAUGUGGGUAUGCACGAUAUAAAUAGUGGCAUUGUCACUCAGCAAAUAUUUCAACAAAAUAGAGCUCCACAUUUCACUGUUGUUGCACGCAAUGGCUCAGUUAGCGGAAAUCAAAAUGGCAUAGAUAUUGAAGAUAAAAAAAACUCAACAACACCUUACAGUACGAUUUUACAAACUUCGAUAGGUGAGCAUUUCAAUUUGAAUGAAAAAUCCGCGGUGAACAAUACCAAUCCUCGUGAUGAUAAUGGUUAUGGUAGUGGGACUAGAAGUAAUCGGAGCAGUGGAGGCGCUAGUAAUUUUAGCGGGGGUUGUAUUCCAAAAGGUUGUAUUCAAUCCCAAAGUGAACAGCAAUUUCGUUAUUUUAACAAUAGCAGCAGCAGCAUUAGUGAUAUUUUUAUAAACAAUAAUAGAGUAGACCGUUUUGAUAAUGGUUCUAAUGGGAAUGGUAGCAAAUCAUUUGAAGUAAUUAAUUUAGAUGAAACUGAAGUGAAACCACAACUUGCGUUGCCUGUUGGUCUCAAAGGUUUUUCUACACAAGUUCAACCAAACAAACACGAAACCACUGUGGUUGUUAACAAUGGAUUCAUCAAAUCUAACCAACUGCAUCACACUAGUACAUUUCCGACGCAGCUUUUAAUCAAUACUAGUAUACUGAAUCCGACGUAUAAAUCGUGCGAUUCAAUUGUUGGUGUUAAUGGGCCCACAAGUGAUUUGUCAGAGACAGAAUUGAAAGACCUUAACUUAUUAAGGCAAAGUUUGGAAACUUGUUACCAUUUAUUAGAAAAACAACAACCACAGACAUCGAUAAAUAAUACAGAAUCGCCAUUAUGUCAUGUUAAUAAGAUUCUUAAUAAGUAUACUAAGGAUGAUUUAUCUAAUUAUACAACUUCAGAUAACUGCUCCGAUGUUAGUAGUCUUGCAAAUGCUUGUAUACCUAGCUCGCCACCGCAAGCCACUAGUCCGACUGGAGAAGUGAAAGAUAUUCUCAAUCAAAUACGUCAAUGGCAGGAAGAAAUAAGCUAUGAAGAUUUGCUGCUUCAUAUGAAACCUGCGCUAUGUCAUACGUUAUCUUCACCAUCGAAUCCAACUGCUGACAUGAAUAAGAGCUCAAAUACAUACACACAGAGAAAAGUACAACGCAAUUCCGUUGCUUGUUGUGAAAUUCAGCCAAACUCAAGUGUUAUUUGUCCUAAUUAUCAAAAGUUUUCUAAAACAACAGUCCAUUUAGCUACUUCCUCAUUAGAUAAGGCAAAAACAACAAUUACAGCAAAAGCACACAACACACAAAGAUCACCAAGUGAUACUGACAAUUUAUUAAAACGCCCUUCAACACUACAUCAAAACAAAAUUAAACAUUUUAUCCCAAAAUCAAAUAAAGCUCUAUAUAUUCCAAUGAUUCCGAAUGAUACAUUGUCUAAUUCGAGCAAAUACACACUAAAAAGUCCAGUAAAUAGUAUAGUGGGAACAAAGUUUUUCGCUAGCAAAGGAGGUAAAAUGCGUAAAAUUUUUAUUUCACGUUCAGCACCUUCAACACCAGGAACCGCGUUACCUCUCAAAUCUAUAAGUGAUGAUAGUCCAUUACUAACAGAACAUGAUGAAGAUCCGGAGACUGACCAAAAUGAAAACAUUCAAUAAAUAAAAUAUAGAAAAAAUUUGAAAUUAUGUUUUUAGAAAUGAUGGGAACAAAUAGACGUACAUACAUUUUUCGCACUUACUUUAUUGUUCAACACAAUUCUUUGUUAUACUAAGUAUGCAUUCUCUUAUAUAGGAUAAAGUAAUCAAUUUCAACUUGAUAAUGUUAAGCAAUGAAAUAUUUUAUUUAUAUUUAUUAUUCAAGUUAAUGAACCCUUGGAAACUACUGUCAAAUAUUUUAAUAAAAUAGUAUUAUGAUUAAAAAGGUAUCUUAUCUUCCAUACAAAAUUAAGAAAUUCAAGCAUUUUGUUGAGAAAACGUGCACAGAUGUUAAAUAGUAAUAUGGUAAUUUAGUAAAUAGCCAAGUUAUUGCUAGACAACAAAAUUGAAUAUAUGUAAGUUAUUUUUUUAUAUCAUGGAGAAUAAUUUAAUUUACAUAUUAUAUAAGAACAAGUAAGGAAAGGCUAAGUUCGGGUGCAACCGAACAUUUUAUACUCUUGCAAUUUAUUGCUAUAUUUUUAUUAAGAUAACACACGAUUUGACUCACAUAAUCGGCAUAUAUUGUAUUAAGUCCAUUGAAAGGGAAAGGGAAAUUAUUACCCAAUUUUAACCAUUUCUGGUACAGUGACACACUAUUAAAUAAAAAGAUCCUCUUUACUCUGAAUUAAAUUAAGUUAUCUGAGAGAUUUACCGAUAUAUAUAGAUUUACCGAUGGCAGAAAGUUUGGUUUAUAUAGCUUAAUUGGUUUGCGAGAUAUAUACAAAAACCCUAUUUAGGGCGGGGCCACGCGUCUAUAUGCUUGAAAAAUGCAGUAUCUCCCAACAUGUUGCUCAGAAUAUUGGUUCAGCUAACGCUUGUUUGCAACACAUAAAACUAAAAGAGUUAGAUAUAAGUACUUAUGUACAUGAAUAAAAUUAUGUUCAUAUCUUGAAAACUCUAACUCUACAAGUCGCUCAUCAUUCCUGUGCUGCUUUAUGGUGUAGGAGCGUGGAUGAUGUCAACAUCCGAUGAGACAUCAGAAUUUUCGAGAGAAACUUUGCGCAAGAUUUAUGGUCUUCUAAAUAUUGGCAACGGCAAAUACCUCAGAUGAUGAACCGAUGAUGAUCAGGUCAUGUUAUCCGAAUGAACGAAAACACUCGAGCCUUGAAAGUGUUCGAUGCAGUACCCGCCGGUGGAAGCAGAGGAAGGCCUCCGUUAGAAUGACCAGGUGGAGAGCGACCUUGUUACAUUUGGGAUUUCCAACUGGCGGCGAAUUGCGAGGGAAAGAAAAGAAUGGCGCA